AUGAAUGAACAAGAGACAUUUACAAACUGGGGAGGUCCUAGGCGUAGCAGGAGUUUGGGGGAUCUCAAUAAAACAAAGACAGUGAGUUUAGUGGACACUGGAAAUCGCUCUCAAGAUGAAAACACAGUUCAGACAUCUGAGCUCACACCCAUAGUUCAAGUUAAAAAUGACGAUCCAGACAUCGCAUCGAAGGCUGUGUCAGAAAGAUUACAUGACGAGUUAAAAAACAGCCUCACGACCAUACUGAGCGCUUUGUAUGCCACCAUCAUUGUUGUAAUUGGCUCUGUGCUCUCAAUGACAGAAUCUUUCCUGAACUCACAAAGACCUUUAUCUUUUGAGCUUUUUUACAUAUUCAUUUAUUCCGGAGGCAUAGGUUUCCUGCUGUUUAUUUAUGUAUUCCUUCUUCGAAAAGAAUCUGGAGAAAAUUUUAAAUAUAAAGUGCGCAAACUCAGUUUCCAUGGGAAUAGGCCUACGUUCCGGCGUGUGGUGUCCUUUUCCAACAUGAAUCACACGGGAGGAUUCUAUCUUCGACUUGGAGCAAUAGGUUUUGGUAUUGGUGGUAUGAUUCUAGAUGGACUCUACAUUGCCGAGGAGUUUGAAGAUUAUGGUAACCCUCAAUCAUGUCACCAAGGUGUCACCGUGGUAACAUACAUCAUAAAGAUGGUGUUCGCCUUUUCACAGCUCUAUUUUGUGUUUAAUAAUGCAGAAAUGAGAAUGCUGGCACAUCAGAGUUUGGCUAAGUUUGGCUUGAUGCACAUGACAGCUACUAACAUUUGUGAGUGGUAUAGAACAGUGGUGGUGGAAACUUUAGAAACCUUGACCAAAGAUGUGGCUGAUCAUCAACCUGACCAACAGACCGCUAAAAACACCACGGAGGGCAUCGAAUACGGUUUACUUUUAACCAAUAAAAGUGGACAAGUGGAGUGUAUGCUGAGUCAUCUCAUUGGAAGCAUCAUCAAGGACACCAGCCCUUAUCUUUACCCAUUUAAAAUUGAAUAUAACCUCAUCUGUGCAGGUAUAUUAUAUGUUAUGUGGCGCCACCUUGCUUACAACAGCGAGGUAAAUCAUAUACCGGUACCUCUGGCUCGAUUGGACAGUAAUGGGGACAAAAGGAGGCGCCGCCUAACGGUGGACUGCUCCAGUUCUAGCAGGGGGCUGUUCCUAGGAAUCCUAAUAUUCGUAACAGUGGUGAUUUUAUUAAAAUCGUUUUACAGUUUGGUUAACGUUGAUCCUAACAGUCUCAACGUCAUAUUUGUUGCACACUUCAUGGAAAUAGGGCUCUACUUUGUAGCGUUGAUCAGUACGGUUGUUGCAGCUAUUCGUAUGAAAGAUUUAAAAUUUGAUACCACUGAAAGAGCUAAAUUGGAGGAAAACUUUAUAGGUAUUUCACAACUUGGUCUGCUGAUGUAUUGCGUUUUUAGUGUUGUAGCAGGUAGCAAUGAAUGCAACACAGCACGGGGAAUAUUAACCAUUAUCACAAACAUUUUUAUGAUGUUACAAGCUUCUUUACAGACAAUUUUCCUUUUUACUGCUAUGCGAAUGUCAGCACACCCACAACAAGUUAACAAACCUGGGAGAGAAUUCGUGACGUUUCUGCUUUUGUGUAAUUUUUGUAUGUGGGUUGUGAAUACAUUUGAGACAAUAAGACCGGAACACAACGCUGUGCAGAUAAGUGUUUAUGGCGAAGAGGCCUGGGCUAUUUUUAUCCAUAUUUCUAUACCACUCGCUAUAUUUUACAGGUUCCAUUCCACAGUGUGUUUAUCGCAAAUAUGGAAAUCUGCAUGGAAAACCAAGGCAGAAGCUACUUAAAC